AUGCCUGUUCCCAAUGGUCUUACUUGGUCUCUUAGGAAGAUAUGGCACAGUAGGGACAUGGUGAUGCAAGAUGGUAACUUUGACCAGUUUACUUAUGCUGGCAAGUUCAAGAUCAACAAAAUGUAUAAAUGCUUGCUUGAUACUGGAGGGCAUGUGGCCUGGAAGAGAAUCAUCUGCAAUAGUCAUGCUACCCCUAAAGCUGCCUUCAUUGUGUGCUUGGCAUUGCAUAAAAGACUUCCUACAAAAGAUAGAUUGAGAGGGUGGGGGAUUAACAUAGCUGGACUCUGUGAGCUAUGUCAGGCUGCUGAUGAGAGCCUUGAGCACUUAUUUUUUUACUGUUCUUUCUCCAAGGAGGUUUGGGGUGGUGUUUUGAUGCAUAUGGAGGUAAAUAGGUCAGUAAUGCAGUGGGAUUUGGAGGUGCAGUGGUGUUCAGUCAAGAGCAGAAGCACCAAACCAGCUGAUACUAGGAGAAGCAUUGCCUUUGCUGAAACUGUUUAUGCUUUGUGGCUUCAGAGGAAUGCCAAGAUUUUCAAGAACAAAACUGAUUAUGUUGAUUGUAUUAUUAGGAGAAUUCUUUUCAUAGUGGCUUGUAGAUGUGAGUAA